CCAUGAGGCUCUUCUCCAAGCUGGAUCAGCUCAUCGACUUCUACCGGAAGGAGAACAUGGGCCUGGUGACCCACCUGCAGUAUGCGGUGCCCCAGGAGGAGGAGGAAGGCGGCGAUGAGCCGGAGGAGGAGCCAGAAGGCAUCCUGUCCCCACCUGAGCUACCACCCAGAAACAUCCCCUUAUUGAUCGGGUCAGGAGAGCCUAAGGAAGCGGCCAUUUGCAUGGAGAAUGUUCGAGUGCCCGAGGCCAGCCGGCCCAGCCUGUCCGAGACACUGCUGCAGCGACUGCAGACCAUGGACACCAGUGGAAUCCCGGAGGAGCACCUGAGAGCCAUCCAAGACUACCUGAGCACCCAGCUUGUCCUGGACUCUGACUGCGUGAAGACAGGUUCUGGCAGCGCACCCCACCUGAGAAAACUUACUGCGCACCUGUGCACGGAGCUCUAUGGAGAGGUGGUCCGAGCCCUUCCUGCCCUGGAGUCUCUGCAGAGGUUAUUCGACCAGCAGCUGUCCCCUGGCCUCAGGCCAAGGUCUCAGGCACCCGGGGAAGCUAGUCCGGCCAGCAUGGUGGCCAAGCUCGGCCAGCUGACCAGUCUACUGUCCUCCAUUGAAGACAAGUUCAAAACUUUGCUGCUUGAGAGCCCUGAGGGCCCCCACCGCCACUCCCACAUCCCGCCGGUUACCUUUGAGGUGAAGGCAGAGUCCCUGGCAAUUCCCCAGAAGCUGCAGCUCAAGGUCGAUGUGGAAUCUGGGAAGAUGAUUGUCAAGAAGUCCAAGGAUGGCUCUGAGGACAAGUUCUAUUGCCACAAAAAGAUCCUGCAGCUCAUCAAGUCCCAGAAAUUCCCCAAUAAGCUGGUGAUUCUGGUAGAGUCGGAGAAGGAGAAGACACUGCGGAAGGAAUAUGUCUUUGCUGAUUCCAAGAAGCGUGAAGGCUUCUGCCAGCUCCUACAGCAGAUGAAGAACAGACACUCGGAGCAGCCAGAGCCUGACAUGAUCACCAUCUUCAUUGGCACUUGGAACAUGGGUAACGCGCCCCCGCCCAAGAAGAUCACGUCCUGGUUUCUCUCCAAGGGGCAGGGCAAGACCCGGGACGACUCUGCCGACUAUAUUCCACAUGACAUCUACGUCAUUGGCACGCAGGAGGACCCCCUAGGGGAGAAGGAGUGGCUGGAGGCCCUCCGAAACUCCCUGCAGGAGGUCACCAGUAUCACCUUCAAGACGAUCGCUGUCCACACCCUCUGGAAUAUCCGAAUCGUGGUGCUGGCCAAGCCAGAGCAUGAAAAUCGCAUUAGCCACGUCUCCACCAACACAGUGAAGACGGGCAUCGCCAACACUUUGGGAAACAAGGGAGCUGUGGGGGUGUCGUUCAUGUUCAAUGGGACGUCCUUGGGAUUUGUGAACAGCCACUUGACUUCAGGCAGCGAGAAGAAGCUCAGACGGAACCAGAACUACAUGAGCAUCCUGCGCUUCCUGAGUCUUGGAGACAAGAAGUUGAGCCCCUUCAACAUCACGCACCGCUUCACACACCUCUUCUGGCUCGGGGACCUCAACUACCGCGUGGACCUGCCCACCUGGGAGGCUGAGACCAUAAUCCAGAAGAUCAAACAGCAGCAGUACCCAGAUCUGUUAGCUCAUGACCAGCUGCUACAGGAGAGGAGGGAUCAGAAAGUUUUUCUGCACUUUGAGGAGGAAGAAAUCACUUUUGCACCCACCUACCGCUUUGAGAGGAUGACCCGGGACAAGUACGCCUACACAAAGCAGAAAGCUACAGGGAUGAAAUACAAUCUGCCAUCAUGGUGUGACCGUAUCCUCUGGAAAUCCUACCCACUGGUACAUGUGCUGUGUCAGUCCUAUGGCUGCACCAGCGACAUCAUGACCAGUGACCACAGCCCUGUGUUUGCCACUUUUGAGGCAGGAGUCACCUCCCAGUUUGUCUCCAAGAAUGACCCAGGAACUGCUGACAGCCAGGGCCAGAUUGAAUUUCUGAGCUGCGUGGCCACCUUGAAGACCAAGUCCCAGACGAAGUUCUACCUGGAGUUCCACUCAAGCUGCCUGGAGAGCUUUGUCAAGAGCCAAGAAGGAGAAAAUGAAGAGGGGAGAGAGGGUGAGCUGGUGGUGCGAUUCAGCGAGACUCUGCCCAAGCUGACACCCAUCAUCUCUGACCCCGAGUAUCUGCUGGACCAGCACAUCCUGAUCAGCAUCAAGUCCUCCGACAGCGAUGAGUCCUAUGGUGAAGGCUGCAUCGCGCUGCGCCUGGAGGCUACUGAAACUCAGGUCCCCAUCCACACACCACUCACUCACCAUGGAGAGUUGACGGGCCACUUCCGGGGGGAGAUCAAGCUGCAAACAUCUCAGGGCAAGAAGAGAGAGAAGCUCUAUGACUUCGUGAAGACUGAGCGGGACGAGUCCAGUGUGCCCAAGGCCCUGAGGAGCUUCAGCAGCCACGACCCCAUAAAGCUGUGGGAACCUGUCAGCAGGGCACCUCCAUGUGGGGGCGCCGCCCUCACUGAAAUCCUCAACCCCAGUUACAUGGGCUUGGCACCCCAUGGACACCUGAAGCCAGCCCAGUCUCCUGAACAUCAGCCCACGGCCUGGAGCUAUGAGCCACUGCUGAGGGAUCCCCCUCUGGGGCCUGGACGUGGAGAGAGCCCCCCGACUCCACCCUGCCAGCCACCAGCCUCACCCAAGAAACUCCCCACAGCAGGCCGGGGCCCCAGCUCCAGGCCACAGGAGAGCAGGCCUAGUGGUAUGGGGAAGAACGUGGGGGAGCCCCCAUCUCCAGAGGACCCGCUGGCCAAGCCUGAGAUGUUCGAGAACCCACUGUAUGGAUCAGUGAGCUCCUUCCCAAAACCGGCGCCCCGAAAAGAGCAGGAUUCCCCCAAAACCAUGCGCAAGGAGCCGCUGCCCUUCCCGGACCCCAGCAGCCUGCUGGCUAAAGCCCCAGACCCUGAAGGCCCCAAGGGGACCAACAAGUCAGCCUCAGGCCCCUACGUGGUCAGCCCCACGCCCCGACUACGUUCCUUCACUUGUUCGGGCACCUCUGCGGGUGGUGACAAGGGCCCAGGGAAGCCCAAGGGCCCAGCGGGCAUACAGGUGCCAGUGCCCACCAAGAGGCCCAUCAAGCCAUCCAGGUCAGACCUGAACCAGCCCACACCACCCUGUCCGGCCCCACGGCCUCCUCUGCCAGCCAAGAGCCCCGCAGUGCUGCACUUGCAGCAUGCACAGGGCCGUGAGGGUCGAGAUUACCGGGACAACAGUGAGCUCCCGCACCACGGCAAGCACCGGCCUGACGAGCCACUCAGCAGGACUACCAUGCCGUGAAACCUUGGACAGAGGGGAGCCCUGCAAAGCCUCCUUCUCAGCCCCUCGGGGUCACUUGCUGGAACUCUCACUGUGCUUCCUCCAUGGAGGUCAGUCCAGGGCGAGGCUGGAAGAAGUGUAGCAGCCGGCCAUUGACAGACCCUCCAGGACUCCCAGAUGGACACUGACUGUACUUGGAACCCAGACAUCUCAGUUCAGCUGCCAUCUGGGAGAGACUAAAGUGUCCCUCGUGGCUAGAGACCUCAAUGAAUAUAAUAAUAAUAAUGACAGUAAUGAUAAUAAUAAUAAUAAAACAACAAUAAUAAUAAUAGCUCCAGGCCCGCACC